UCUUUUGCAAUUCCAUAAAAAAAAAAAAAAAAAAAAAAGGAAAAAGGACUUCAUUCUUUUACUACGAACACUCAAACCCAAAACUCAAAUUCCAUUGAAGAUGGAAACUUUAGGACAUAUUAGGUUUAAAGUCCAUCAGGGUAGAGAAAAAAGAGCUAAUAUGUAUAAAAUUGACCCAAAGUAGAUAGAUUAAAAAAGUAAAAAAUAACACAUUUUGCAUGUGGUUUAGGAAGAGGAUAUAAAUGGACGAGCCCACCAAAAAAAAAAAAAAAAAAAAAGAGUUGCAUAAUCUAGUUUCUGGUGCUGUACGUAUUGACAAUUCAUGAAAUGUGGUGGCAGGGAGAAGGGAAAACUGAUAUAUAUUUGUCGCUGUCGGUGGUAUCUAAGCAGACCCCAACCUCUACUCACUGUAAGGUUCACAAGGCAAUGGCAGCUUAAAAGAAUACAUAUAUAUCAAAGGGGAGAGAGUAAAAAGGAUAAAGAACUGCAAAAAGGCCAAAACCAUUAAAAAGAAAAGAAUUUUAAAAAAUAAAAAUAAAAGGAGUGGAGGGAGAAAGAAAGGGACUCUUAGGGCUAGGGGAAGCAGGCAUGUGGAUGAGUGGGGGACACACCAAACUCAUCAAUUAAAACCCCUCGAAAUAAUUGAGUUUGUGACAGGAAAGAAAGAAAAAGAAAGCAAACCAAAACAAAUGCCCCAUCUCUCUCUUCCUGUCCACUUCCCUCUUAUAUUUUUGGUUGUAGCUGGGUGGGUUAUUUCUUGCUUAGCAGUUAGCGGUAGACAGUGUGGUGAGGGAACUUGGUGAAGAGAGUCACAAGCCAGGUAAAAGGGGCAAAAAAGAAAAGCAUAAGUUACCCUCUGCUUUUCAAGAAACAGAGGUCUCUGUUUUCUUCUUUCUCUCUCAAAAGAGCUGGUGAAGAUGCCUAGACCAGGCCCUAGACCUUAUGAAUGUGUUAGAAGAGCUUGGCAUAGUGAUAGACACCAGCCCGUUAGGGGUUCUCUUAUUCAAGAAAUUUUCAGAGUUGUUAAUGAGGUUCACAGCCCUGCUACUAAGAAGAACAAGGAGUGGCAAGAGAAACUUCCUGUUGUCGUCUUGAAAGCAGAAGAAAUUAUGUACUCCAAAGCCAAUUCUGAGGCUGAAUAUAUGGACCUUAAAACUCUUUGGGAGAGAGUAAAUGAUGUUAUUAAUACAAUCGUUCGACGAGACGAGAGUACUGAAACUGGAGAUCUUCUUCUACCCUGCAUUGAAGCUGCUCUUAAUUUGGGAUGCACUCCGAGAAGAACCUCAAGGAGCCAGCGAAAUUGUAAUCCUAGGUGCUACCUCACUCCUGGCACUCAAGAACCCAACACUCUCCCUCCCGCCAUGCCAACUCAUACAACUAGUCUACAGUGCAUACCUAACUAUUUGGACUUGAUAAAACCCGCAAUCGUGAAUUCAACCCAUUUGGGAUCUGAAUUGCAAAACCUUGUUUGCCAGAAUAUCAGUGUCACAUCUAACAAAUUUCUCUUGGCAACUGAUAAUGGUUGUUUAUCUAACUAUAACCAAUCCUUUCCAAUGGAGAAUUAUCCUAUGUCAAGCUUGUACUCAGUUUACCCGUUGUGCUAUGGGCUUAUCCCUGUUUCUAGCACCUUAGAACCUGGUAAGGUGGGUGUUGAGCAAAAUCUGUUCUCCUUCGGUGACGGUGACGAUGCUGCUGUUAAGUUCAAUCAACCUGAUCCCCAGAGUCCAUUAAACCAGCAUGAAACUGGAUGUGAUCUAUCAUUGCGUUUGGGCUCUCUAUCUGCUGCUCCUUUGCCAAGUGAUAAAAACAGACAGCUCCAGGAUUUUGAAGAUAAUGGUCAUGGUUCUUUCCAAGAGGGGAUCAAGUUCAAGACUCAGAUGCAGCAUACAGAUGAUGAGUUACAUUUCGUCACUAGGUUGAAUACAGAUAACUCAUUAGAUUCUUGUUCAAGCAAAUUGAGUGAACACGCUAGUGUAAAUGGGAUCAUAAAAAAGCGCAAGGCAGAUUUUGGUCUCCCUGUGGAUGAUCAAGCAUGCUGUUGGUGGCUAAAGCUUCCGUGCAAUGAUUUAACUGGCAAAAAGAAAAGUGGAGGUUUAUAAACUGACAGAUUCUACUUGACUGGCAGAACGCAAAUUGCAGGUUUGUUAGACUGAUGGAUUCUACUUGACUGGCAGAAUGGAGAGUGCAGGUUGGUAGACUGACUGGGCUCUUGCUUCUGUUUGUUUCUUCAAACUCCUGACAUGCAUUAGUAACAAGAUGCCUUACUGAAGCAUUUUUGGUGAUCUAUCUGCACUUUGUAGUUUUCCUUGGUAGUGUGAAGUUGCUUGCUGCAAUGUUGUAAGAAUGUGAGAUGUAAAUAUAGCUGAAUGUAAAUUAGAAGAAAUGAUCUUGGAGAAACUAACAGAAGAGGCUUGCUUUUACAAUGUGCAUAGAAUGUUUUUGUGCAACGCAAUACUGAUUUUGGAAGUUAAACCUA